ACAGACGGCGGGGUCUAUCAAUGGCAGCUAACGAAACAAUUUACAGUAAUUAAUGACUCGUUUUAAAGAUUAUAUCCGUUUUUGUUGAUAAUACAAGUGAAAAUGUGGUUCAAGAACUCUGUAUAAAGCAUUAACGCGCGUUUCUAACGCGUGUGUCGCGGUAAAAAAUGUAUUUUUCGUACUCAUUAGGAGCCAUUUUUAUUGUAUUUAUUUUAUGCGUUCAUUGUGUAAAUGCAGGAAAUGACAACGAAAUUAGGGAAAUUUAUGUUCCGUCCGCACCUCAGAAUCUGGCUGUCAACGUCGUGACGUCAACCGAGAUCCACCUAUCAUGGGCCCCGCCUGCCCACCGCCACGCUCUGCCCGCCCCAGAGAAGAAACCCACCAAUCCCGACCCAGAAUUCGCCGUCCUCCCAAAAAAGAAGAUCGAGCACCAAUCAGAUGCGCCCGUCAAUGACGUCAUAGCCCCCAACGACCAACAAGACACCGCGGAAAAGUUAAAAGAAUUCGAAUACGCAACGUACAACUUGUACAAAAACGACAAACCGAAGUACAACGAUGACUAUUCAACGUCUGAUAUGAUGAUGAAUUCGUACAGGAAGAAAAGAGAGGGACGCUCUCACAGGCACAGAAAGAGACGGCAGGAGAACGGCACGGAUCCUAAAAGCUUGGAGUUUGAGAGUACAGGGGAUGUGGAAACACACCAAGCCCUGGAGAUAGGGAAUUCGAUUGAUAUGGUGAAGAAAUCUUAUACUCCGACUAGGACACACGUCGACGCCAGCCAGAUUGCGUAUGUUCUCUACUAUGAACAAGGAAUUCCUAGGUUCGAUAUAACCACAGUGAAUUCAGUACAGAGUUCUUCGGACGUGAAGAAUAACAAUGUGUUCUCCAGUGACCUUGGAAUGGAGGAAUAUUCCAGGUCGACGAAGAAUCUGACCCUCGUCAAUAAGUCUGGGAAGAAUACCAACGUUGUCGGAUUCAGGUUGAAGAAUCUGAAGCCCUUCACCCCAUACAAGAUCUGGGUGCGCGCGUUCUUCAAGUUUCCGCUAGAUGGCGUGAUGUCUUCGGACUUACUGGAGCGACUCAGCAACAAGUCGGAGCCGGUCUACGCGCUGACUGACGUCAUGCCGCCUUCCGCGCCCAAGAUCCUCAACCUGACCUGUGACAUGCCUAAACGCACGUUGUACCUCCAGUGGCGUCAGCCGACGGAAUACAACAAUACCUUAGACCAGUACGUGGUGACGCUGCGGAAGAUUCCAGAACUGCAGCCGCGGACUCGGCUCACUCUGCCGACUAAUAAGAACGACAUUGAGACGACUAUCAGUGUGGAAGUGGAAUUGUGGAACGUGACGCGAUAUGAAGUAAAGAUCUACGCGGUAACGCAGUCGGUGGCUCGCGCUAACGCUCUGAUCAACGGCUCCGAAUCUCCGCCCGAGGAGGUGUCCAGUGAAUGGUGCGCCGCCCACUCUGAAGCGAUGUCGCCUGGAAACGCCCCAGUGGCAUCAGGGGGCGUCCACACCGCCGCGCUGUUUGCUAUUGCUCCCAUCGCGUUACUAGCUGCUGUUGGAGUCGCCUUAGUUUAUUGGAGAUGCAGGUCCCGCCUCAGCAAAUGCGUGAGCGCAGUAUACAACUAUUUGGAGGAGGGCGGCGAGAGAGCGGCGCGGGCGCCUCUCAACGCGUACAAGAAGCCAGUGGUGAACUGUUCCCCGCUCCGCUCGUGCGCCUCUGGUGGCACUACCAACGGCAGCGCGUGCUCGGCGGCGCGGCCCCCGCGCAUGGCCGGCGCGCAGCUCCCCGCCGUGCCCGCCGCCCGCUUCCCCGCGCGCGUCGCCGCGCUGCACGCUGACGGGGACAUUGGAUUCAGCAAGGAGUACGAGAUCGUGGUGGCGAGAUCGGCUGCACUGGGGCACACGAGCCACCACAGCCACCGUCCCGAGAACAGACUGAAAAAUAGAUAUUUGAAUAUUACUGCUUAUGACCACUCCCGCGUUUGCGUCUCGGCUGGCGGUCGCUGCGGCGCCGCCGGCUGCGUUGGCGCCGGCCGCGGCGCCGCUUGCGACUACGUCAACGCCAACUUCAUUGAUGGCAUGCUGCCCGCGCUGAACGCGCCGGCGCUGCGACGCAUCCGACGCCGUUUGGAGCGCCUGCGCCGCCCGCAGAGGCAACCCUCAACAAAGCCAGUGAAGCCUCCGCCCAACCUAGCGGAAGGCAUCGAGUCGGCGUUCCUAAACAUCGAGUUCUCGGGCAUAGUGGAGUCUGAUGAGCAGAACGAGGAUUCUGACAGCGAUCAUAGCGAUGAAGAUUGCGAACUGGACGACGUUUAUGUCGAUAUCGAUGGCGUCCCAACCCGAGUGAAACUAGAAUGGCUGGUGUGGCGGCGCCGCUACAUCGCGACCCAAGGCCCUACACCAGCUACACUCGAUGCCUUCUGGCGCAUGAUCUGGCAACACCGUGUGCACACCAUCGUCAUGAUCACCAACCUGGUGGAGCGAGGCAGGCGUAAAUGCGACAUGUACUGGCCGGGCAGCGGGCGCGGCAGUUCAGCUGAGUACGGCGGCGUGCGCGUGACGUUGUUACACGAAGACGUGCGCGCAGCUUAUACCGUGCGUCACAUGCGCGUGCGCCUCGCCGCGCCUGAGGCGGACCAGGCUAGCGACACUGGUAGUGGGUCAAGCGACGGCGGCUGGCGCUCCAUAGCGCAAUACCACUACACGGUGUGGCCGGACCACGGCACGCCGCGGCACCCUCUAGCUGUCUUACCUUUCGUCAGGGCCGCCGCCGCCGACCCCGGCACCGUCCUGGUUCAUUGCAGCGCGGGCGUCGGCCGCACAGGCACGUACAUAGUCCUAGACGCUCAGCUGAACCAGUUAAAGCUAACUGGCACCCUAUCCCCUCUUGGCUUCCUCUGCCGUGCGCGAACGCAACGGAACCACCUCGUGCAAACCGAGGAACAAUACGUCUUCGUCCACGACGCUUUACUAGAACACGUGCGUUCAGGAAACACAGAAGUCGAGUUCCCCAAAGCGAGGGAAUAUCUAGUCAAACUCUUAGAGCCCAUAUCCGAGGAGGAACUGGCCGUUUUGGACCUCAAUUCUAACAAGAAACAGAGCAUGAACGAUCUGACGAACGGUGUUGAGAACGGCGAUACGUCAAGCAUCAAGUCUAAUCAAGCGGAGUGUAGCGAGCAGGAUGUCAUUGAGAAUGGGAGUCAGGUGUCGAGCAGGAUAGACCUGGAUGAGGAUCAGAGCAAGUCGGAGGGGUCUAUGGGGGAUGUAACGGAGGAGGGGGAGACGGAGACGAAAGAGGUUCUCGUGAAUGGGGAGGAAACGGAGGGAGUGUACGAUUUGGCGCCGCGGUCCACGGAUACUUAUAGUAAGAAGAUGAUGGCGUAUAAUAACAUGAAUGAAGAGGAGAAAGAGGAAAUUAGGAGGGUGAAUCGCGCCGAAAACUACGCACUUCUAGAGCGAAUGCGCUCGCUCGCAAACAGACAUCACACGUAUCAGGGCCCGCCGCCCGUCAACUUGCUGGAGAAACAAUUCCUGAUGGCGCAACCGACGGAGCAGCGGCGAGCAACAAACUCCGAGUUGGCGUGA